AUGCCUCAGGUCCAGGUGGCCGGUGUCCCGGUGGAGUUUCCGUUCCCCCCGUACCCCUGUCAGGAGGAUUAUAUGAGGAAAGUCAUCGAGUGUCUGCAGCAGAGUGUUAAUGGUGUCUUGGAAAGUCCGACGGGCACAGGAAAAACGCUUUGCCUGCUGUGUGCCACGUUGGCAUGGCGUCAGCAUUUCAAGGACGCCAUCACUGCCCGCAAGAUCAAAGAGCGCAUGAAUGGCGGCGAGCUGUUCCCAGACCGUCCAGCUGCAGACUGGGGGAGCGGAGAGGCCAAUCCACAGGGCUCAGCCUAUUACAGCGAUAUUCCCAAGAUUAUCUACGCUUCCCGGACACACUCCCAGCUGACGCAAGUCAUCAGUGAACUCAAGCAAACCGUGUACAGACCUAAAGUCAGUGUCCUGGGCUCAAGGGAGCAGCUAUGUAUACACCCCGAGGUGAAGAAGCAAGAGAGUAAUCAUGUCAAGGUCCAUAUGUGCCGUUCCAAAGUGUCCAGCAGAUCCUGUCACUUUUACAACAAUGUAGAUGAGAAAAGCACCGAGAAGGAUCUGACCACCCAGAUAUUAGACAUUGAGGAUCUGGUGAAGAAUGGCACCAAGCACAGGGCCUGCCCUUAUUACCUAUCCAGAAAUCUGAAGCAACAUGCAGACAUAAUAUUUAUGCCUUAUAAUUACCUUCUGGAUCCUAAGAGUCGCAAAGCCCACAAUAUUGACCUGAAAGGCGCGGUUGUGAUAUUUGAUGAAGCUCACAAUGUGGAGAGAAUGUGUGAAGAAUCUGCUUCUUUUGACCUAACUCCAUAUGAUUUGGCUUCUGGAAUUGACGCUUUAGAUUUGGUGAUAAAUGAGCUCACGGAUAACUUGGAGCAGAAGAAAUUCAGUGCAGAGUUCAGCAUGGAGUCAUCUACCCCCUCUUUGAACAUACAGCUUGAAGACCUGGCUAAGAUAAAGGGGGCUCUCUUACAGCUUGAGAAUGCUAUUGAUGCCAUUAACCUGCCAGCUGACGGGACUGGGAUCACCAAAGAUGGGAGUUACAUCUUUGAGCUCCUUGGAUACGCGGGAAUCAAUUACAACACCAAGACGGAUUUACUGGAUCUCUUGGAACAAAUCAUACAGCACGUUGGCGGAAGUUCUGGAGUCUUCACGAACACUUUCGGCCUCCAGAAGCUGUCAGAUAUUAUACAGAUUGUAUUUAAUAUUGAGAUUCCUGAAGGUUCCACUGCUGUCAUCAACACCAAUCAGGUCUCCAGGUACUACAAGGUUCACAUCCACCUAGACAACAGCCAGAGGAAGAAGCCACGGGGAGAUGUGUGGAGCAACAGCAGGAAGCAUGGAGGGAAGGUGCUCAGUUACUGGUGUUUCAGUCCUGGUUACACAAUGCACGACCUGGUGAGACAAGGAGUCCGAAGCAUCAUACUGACCAGUGGGACUCUAUGUCCCCUCUCCUCCUUCACCAUGGAGAUGCAGAUCCCUUUUCGAGUGUCUCUAGAAAACCCACACGUGAUAGAGAAACACCAGAUUUGGGUUGGAGUUGUUCCUCAGGGUCCUGACGGGGCUAAGCUGAGCUCUGCGUAUGACAGAAGAUUUUCAACAGAUAACUUAUCAUCUCUGGGAAAGACAAUUGGUAAUAUCGCUCGUGUAGUUCCACAUGGGCUCUUGAUCUUUUUCCCAUCCUAUCCUGUAAUGGAUAAAAGUCUUGAGUUCUGGAAGGAAAAUGGACUUUCCUCCCGAAUUGAUGAUGUUAAGCCAAUGUUUGUGGAGCCAAGAGGAAAAGGAUCAUUUACUGAGAUGAUAGAUGCGUAUUAUGAAAAGAUACAAGCACCCAACAGCACCGGGGCCAGUUUCCUGGCUGUGUGUCGGGGAAAGGCUAGCGAGGGCUUGGAUUUUGCAGAUUGCAAUGGCCGUGGCGUGAUAAUCACAGGGCUUCCAUUUCCACCAAGAAUGGACCCUCGGGUAGUCCUGAAGAUGCAAUUCCUGGAUGAGAUGAGGAGAACAGAGGGACGCACUGGGAAGUACUUGUCCGGGCAGGACUGGUAUCGUCAGCAGGCUUCACGAGCUGUAAACCAGGCCAUUGGAAGAGUCAUCCGACAUCGGCAAGACUUUGGUGCCAUCUUUUUGUGCGAUCACAGGUUCACUCAUAGCGAUUCUCGCUCACAACUUCCCUCCUGGGUCCGUCCCUACCUACGUGUUUAUGACAAUUUUGGUCAUAUCAUCCGUGACGUGUCUCAAUUCUUCCGUGUAGCACAAAAAAUUAUGCCUCCUCCUGCACCCCAGAAGGUUCCAAAAGAUGGCGGUCAUUCUGUGUUAUCUCUGGACUCCUCUGCACUCUCUCAGUCCUCUCAUGCAUCAUCCAGCCUUCGUGAUAUCUUCAAAAAAGCAAAGACGCUGGACUCUCAUGUGCCAAGCUUAAAGCGGAAGAGAGAUGGAGAGGGAAGCCAAGAGUCUGACUUUUGCGACGGGUAUGAACAGAUUUUAGGGGUCACCACCCACCGCCCGGCUAGCCUACUGGAUGCACUGGAUCACAGUGAAAAGAAACUUCAUGAGGACCUGAACUCGGAUGAGAAGUCUACCCGUCUGUCCACAUUAUCUCUACAGAAUGAUAAGAGACUGGAUGAUGAGAGAAGAGGAGGAAAGAAAAAGAUCAAAAUUGUUCAAAACAAGACUCCAAACGAACGUUCUCCUCCUAGCAAGAAGAAGAGUGCCGCCAACAUGUUUCUGUUUUCCGUCAAGCAGUGUCUUAGUCAGGAGAACUACGCCGUUUUCAUGGAAGCCCUUACAGGCUAUAAGGUGGACAAUGAUCUGCAGGCACUUAUUCCAAAGCUGUGCGCUCUGUUCUGUCAGGACCCAGGGAAGAAUGUUCUGAUGAGAGGCUUUUACCAGUUUAUCCGGCCUCAUCACAAGAGAGAAUUUCAUCUGACCUGUGAAAAACUGACAGGAAAAGGGUGCGGAUACAAACCGGAGCACAGUAUACCGCGGGAAGAGAGAGAGAAAGCAGAGCCUUCUACCUCAGCGCACAGCCUGGGAAUUUCCAAGCUAACUUUCUCUGAGGGAUCAGAGCAUCACCUGAAUCAAGGUGGAGGCCACAUGAGCUCCGAGUCCUUCAAAGCUCCUGCCAGCAACUACAGCUCUGUCCCUCCUAAGAAAGACCAGCAAGAGCAGAUAUCGACUUACCUGAAGCAGGUGAAAGAGUCAUUGGGAGACGAAAAUUAUAAACGCUUUUCUGCAGCCCUCACCUCCUACAAGAAGACGGACAACUAUGACUUAAUGGUGUGCGAGAUUGCAGCUUUGCUCACAGAGAAACCAGAGCACUACGCUCUGCUGAAAGCAUUUCACAGGUUUGUCCGGGUUCAUCACAAGAGAAUGUUCACCAAGCUAUGUGAUGAUUUGACCGGAAGCAGUGCUAGCAAGAAAGGACCCUUAGAGAUCCCUCAGUGCAGCAAUGGGGGGUCAUCUAGACCCACACCGCAAGACCAGGGAGCAUCUGAUUAUAUCCAAAAACUGGAUCCAGAGGCUGCUUGGUUCAGCGAGGACUCUGCUGCCAAGUCUGAAAGUAAGCGCAACUUCUAA